UGCAUACAGAAUGGAAGAGGAAUUAAUUAAUACAAUUAAGACUCCAAUUUUCUCCCAUAUUACCUCUGAAGAUCUGGACCAUAUAUACGAGCCAUCAGAAGAUAGUUUCCUACUUAUUGAUGCUUUAGAAAAGGAUUUAGAUCUUAUUCGCAAAAGCAAACCAUUGUUAUGUUUGGAAGUUGGUUCAGGUUCAGGUGUCGUGAUAACAGCUUUGGGUACUGUUCUAGGGUCCCAGUGUCACUAUAUAAGUACAGAUAUCAACCUCCAUGCCUGCCGUGUGACCAAAGAGACUGGAAAGCUAAAUGGUGUGGAUAUUAAAGCUGUUUGUACAGAUUUAGUGACUGAUGUGAUGGGUGAUGUAAAAGGGGCUGUUGAUGUAUUGCUUUUCAAUCCACCCUACGUUGUCACUCCAUCAGAAGAAGUUGGACGAGGGGACUUGGAAUACACUUGGGCAGGUGGCGAGUGUGGACGUGAGGUAAUGGAUAGACUAUUUCCAAGUGUAGAUAGUCUCUUAUCACCUCAUGGGAUAUUUUACUUGCUGGUAUUAAAGGAGAAUAAUCCUGCCGAUAUUGAGCAGAUAAUGGCCAAACUUGGAUUUACAUGUACCUGUGUUAUAGCCCGUAGAACUGGUCAGGAGAGCCUCUCUGUAUUAAGGUUUUCUCGGCAAAAAUGAGUAGAAACUUGUUAUUUAUUGGAAGUAUUCAAUUUAAAUAAAAAUGCAGAGAAAUUAAAAAAAAAAAAU